AUGUCCAACACCCCGCCGCGCCACCCACAUGAGUGGUGUCGCUCAAUUCUGAUCUCGGGCAUUUACUACUACCCGCUUCUGCAGCUCCAGCAAGUUUCUCACCAUCACCAGGUGUCCACAGCUCAGCAUCUGGCGCAUCCGGCUCCACUGAAUUCAUCUUCAGCAGCAGCUGGACUACCAAUAGACUGCAGCUUGUGCAAGAGGCGCUCAGCUAUCUCCAUCCUCCAGAUUAACGUCAAUACGCUUAUCGCACAACAAGAGUUGCACAAUAUGUCCAUGACCCACCUUUGCGAUGGCGGCAAGAGCUGCGUCGCCGUAAUCGUCCUGGGCUUUGACGUCAAGGGUGACUCCGCCAAUAUUUGGCUUGGCGGCUAG